AUGCUAAACAGGUUAGACACUCGUCAUUGCUUUGUGGUUCUUAUCGUUCUAACACUCUUUGUCAUCCUGUUUUUCUAUACCAAUGUUCUUCCGUCGACUGAAACUCUGGUUUCGAAAAACAUGAUUGCCGAGGACGUUUCGUCCUACACUACAUUGCCACAAAGAAGGAGUUUGCUUAUUGUCGGCAAAGGGCGUUCGGGGACAAGUUUUGUGUGGAAGAUGUUGGCGAUUGGAGAACGGGUGAGUAAAAAUAAUGUCUAAUGAGCACCCAAAAGGUUUUGCAAAUUGUAUCUUAGUCUAACAUAACAGUGCAGAGACCAACUUGAAAGAUGAUAGUUAUGAAAAGAAGCUCAGAAUGGUUAUGUGAAAAAACAAUAUAUAUAUAUAUAUAUAUAUAUAAUUUAAAAAAAAGAAUGGUUACUUGUCACCAAACGUGAUUCUUGAAUUCCCCGCACCCAAAAAACUGACAACCAGAAAUGCGGUGCGGGAUAAGCAGACAAUUCUUAGCCCAUUUAUUGAACUAACCAACUAAUCACAAAACAAAAACAACUGGUUACGCUGUUUAGACACCAAAAAUCAAACAAACUGUGUACACAUUUGAUCCGGCCAAAGUCAAUGAAUAAACAAAACCACUAAUAAUAACUGUCAAUCAUCUGGAAAACACAACUAAAAUCGUUAAAAUCGUUAGGAAAUGGAUUACAGGAUUUCAAUCACUAUAUAAAAAAGAACAAAAUUUAACUGUCCGCUUGUAAAAAUCCACAAUGAAACUUGUUUACUGUUCAGCGAAUAUAUACUUGCUACUUUUAUCAUACAUAUUAAUUUUCUUCUCAUAAUCUCAUGCCGGCACUUAAAACACACUGCCGACAAACAGUUUGUUCUCUUUAUUUUAACGUAUUUUUUUCAGCCAUUUGAAUAACAAAAUGGUUACGUGUCACCAAACGAUUGAUUCUUGCAAAAUUCCUUAGACCUGCUUGGGGAUAAUCCUUUCAAAGACCGAAAAACUGACAACCAGAAAUGCGGUGCUGUGGGAUAAGCAGACAACCUUUUCUUAGCCCAUUUAUUGAACUAACCAACUAAUCACAAAACAAAAACAACUGGUUACGCUGUUUAGAACCUAAAAAAAUCAAACAAACUGUAUGUUCUUGAAUUGAUCCGGCCAAAGUCAAUGAAUAAACAAAACCUGGUUACGCUGUAAUUUUAGACAAAAAAAAUAAUAACUGUCAAUCAUCUGGUAAAAAACACAACUAAAAUCGUUACGAGGAAAUGGAUUACAGAACACAAACCAUUUCAAUCACUAUAUCCAAAAAAAAGAACUAAAAUUCCUCCCAAACCAAACCCCUCUUUUAACUGUCCGUUUUACGUAGUGCAAAGCAAGACAAGCACUUGUAAGAAAGAAAAAUCCACAGAGGAAUGAAACUUGUUUACUGUUCAGCGAAUAUAUAUCUUCUGAAAGUAUCUCACGGGUGAGCAGAAACGAACGGUGAGAUAUCCUUCAGCACGAGACGAUAAAUAUCAUACUGUUUUAAUUUCUUCUAUUUUUAAUUUAUUUUCAGCGCAAUUAAAUCUCGCAAAAUGUCUGUGCCGGCACUUGAAGGCAAAAAACACACUGCCGACAAAUGCAAAUUAAACAAACAAUCACAGAAGAGCUACAGUGGUUUUUAUUGUACCAAAAAGAUGUUGACAUUGAAUGCAAUCUCCAAUUCGGGCGAAACUUGAGAAACGAGGAAAAACCUGGACCGAGUUUACUUUCGCAAGGACGGUUACCAGGGACAGGGAAAAAAUUUGCCCAAUAGCUGACCAGCGCGUACACAGUGACGAUCCCAGAGGCAAUUGCGGGACGCAUUUUGGCUCAGGUUCCCAGUUUCCUUCUCGUCGCUAAAGCUACAAGCAAACGGACGCAACAACUCCCAACAAUGUUGGGAUUAAUUUAGGUUCUUGGGAAACUCCCACCUACCCCUCCCCUAUCAUUUUGCCCUAAGUGAGAAGUAAGUGUUAAUGUUGACUUAGGGGAGGGGUAGGUGGGCAAUUUCUCCAGAAACCUAAAUUGAUCCCAAUGUUGGCACCUGCAGUGCAUCGUGGGAAGGAUACAACCCAAAACACUUUGCACACUCCAAGCCAAAGACUGGAGACCAUGUCACGUGAUGCGCGUGCGUGGCCCUCAAGAAUGUUGGAAGAGCUGUGCAAACGGAUCCUUCGACGAUCACGGUAAAAAAGAAUUGUUGGGAGCCGUUGGUUUAAAAGUUUGACCGGUUUCAAACUUUGUGUAACAACACGCAACAACAUGCAACAGGAUGUGCAAACGGACGCUACAUGUAUCAUUCAACGAUGUCGGGAGUUGUUGGCCAACAAUGUUGCGUCCUUUUGUACGGCGCUAAAAGUGAAGAAUGUGGUGAAAUAAAAAUUGACUCAUGUACAAAGUGGCGAUUUUUAGUUAAUACAACGAAGGGUUUUUUUUUGUUUUCUACAGGUUUUCGAGGUUUAUGAGCCUUUGCGAUUUCACAAUCUUUCGGACGCCCAAAAAAUGGAGGUUUUACAAGCAUUUCUCACCUUGAAGUUUACACAAAGCGCCUUAUGA